GAGAGAGUAAACGAGGGAAGCACAGGGAGCGAGCGAGCGAGAGAGAGAGAAGGCUGAGAGCGAGAGGGGUGAUAGGGCAGAUUCAGAAGGGAAGAUCGCGAUGGAUGUGAUAAAGGAGCAGCAAAUUUCGGCGAGGCCAAUCGAGAAGGUGAUAGUGCAUCCACUAGUCUUGCUCAGCAUCGUCGACAACUACAACCGAGUGGCCAAGGACACUCGCAAGCGAGUGGUCGGCAUCCUCCUCGGAAGCUCCUUCAAAGGAACCGUUGAUGUCAGCAACAGCUACGCAGUGCCAUUUGAGGAGGACGACAAAGACCCAAGCAUAUGGUUUUUUGAUCAUAACUAUCACGAAGCUAUGUAUUCAAUGUUCAAAAGAAUCAAUGCCAAAGAGAACGUGGUCGGCUGGUAUAGUACUGGUCCAAAGUUACGGGAAAAUGACUUAGAUAUUCACCAGUUAUUCCACAACUAUGUCCCAAAUCCGGUCUUAGUUAUCAUUGAUGUCCAACCAAAGGAGCUGGGUAUACCUACCAAGGCAUACUUUGAUGUCGAAGAGGUUAAAGAGAAUGCUACUCAGAAAAGCCAGAAGGUUUUUGUUCAUGUUCUUUCAGAGAUUGCUGCUCAUGAAGUUGAGGAAAUUGGAGUGGAACACUUGCUAAGGGAUGUGAAGGAUACAACCAUUAGCACACUUGCAACGGAGGUUACUGGUAAGCUUACAGCCUUAAAGGGUUUGGAUGCACGACUACGAGAGAUACGCAGUUACCUCGAUCUCGUCAUUGAUGAGAAGCUUCCAUUAAAUCACGAAAUACUAUACCACUUACAGGAUGUCUUCAACCUCCUGCCCAAUCUUAACGUAGCUGAGUUGAUCAAGGCCUUUUCAGUGAAAACGAACGACAUGAUGCUGGUAAUAUAUCUUUCCUCUGUCAUUCGAAGUGUAAUUGCGCUCCACAACUUGAUCAAUAACAAGAUACUAAACAAAGAACACGAGAAAGCUGAGGAUGCCAAACCAACAACAGUACCAGCUGGCAGCGGAAGCUGAAUGUUCUCUUCAGUUACUGGGUUUCAAAAGCACCCAGGGCAUAGGGGCCUGGUUAUUGGUUUGAGGCCUUGAGGAUUUUGUAAUCCCAUCUGAGAUGUUGAGGGCCAGCAAUUUGAGAUUCAUUGAUAGUGUUGGCUACUUCAAGAUGUUAGUGAAUUUUAUUUUUCCAAAAUUAAAUUGCGAAACAAUAUCAAUUUCGAGGCUUUGAUAGACUUCAACUUGGUGCAACGUUGGA